CAGUCACUCGCAGACGCUCGGACGUGAACCACGUUGGAGCUCGGUUUCCUCACCAAACAAACAUUGCUAAUUAUCCUAAAAUACAAAUUGAUAAGAACUGAUACAGUGAUAGAAACGUGUUGUGUGUUAAGACUGUUAUACGAAUCGUCUGAAGCAGCGCUUUCGUAGACCUGUAACUGUCAGUUAUCUUCGCGUUUUCUAGUCAGAUUAUAUAAGAGAAACAUGAGGGACGAACGGGCUAAUGUACCGCGAGUCCGGAUUGCCGUCAUCGGGAGUUCCAGAGUAGGAAAAUCAGCUCUCAUUGUUAGAUACCUGACUAGAAGAUACAUAGGCGAAUACCAUUCAAAUACAGAUCUCCUGUACAGGCAGACAGUGCCAAUAAAUGGAACCCCUGUCGAAUUAGAAGUGAUCGACGUCUCUGGAUCAAAUUCAGACAAAUUCCCCACUGAACAGAUACAAUGGGCAGACGCCUGCCUCCUUGUGUACGCUGUAACAGACAGGAGCAGCUUUGAAUACGCCACAGAAGUUUUGAAUGUUUUAAAACGCACUCCUAGCAACGGCAGCCCCGCACAUGGAACAACCGUCACAUCACCGAGCAUGCCCUUAGCACUGCUCGGGAACAAAACUGACCUAGACCAUUUGAGACAGGUAUCAACAAAAGAAGGUCAGAGUAUAAGCGCAGCGCACGGUGCGUCUUUUAGUGAGGCAAGUGUCGCCGACAAUUCCGGUGAUCUCUACCGCUGCGUUGACCGACUAUUGGCCGAAGUUCGCACGCCGCAACGCACGCGAAAAUUCUCUGUUACCAAAAUGCUUGGCUCGUUAAUAGGUAAGCAUAAAAAUUUAAUUCAAAUUUUAAUUUGUUACUCAUUGAAUGAAACAAACGUCAUACAAGCAUCUUACUAUCAAAUUCGUAUAAAGAAACAAAAUAAUUUACAAAAAAACAUUACACAAAAUAAUGUUUUGAAGAUUUAAUUAGCGGUAAUUGUUGUGUAAAUGACUAAUGUUACGUAAAGAUUUAGUUAGUCGAGAUUGCAUCAAACUCCGCUAAAAAUAAAUUUCAAACAAUAGACGUUAAAAUUGGGCACUUGGCAUCGACGCGGUACCACAAAAAUGUGGAAAACAUUAUAACGCCGACAUUGUUCCGAUGCCUGUCUUUUAUACGAUAAAUGAAAACAUUUCAAAAUGAUGAUAUGAUAAACACCAAAAUCAGUUAGAUUUGUAACGUUUUUUGAGAUUAAAAGAACAAAUUCCUCGCAACAUCAAACAAAAGUAAUAAUAAUUUAAUGGUAGCAUGAGUGUUUAAUAAAACAAUCAAAUUUAAAUAGUGUUUCUAAUAAAAGAUAAAUUCGAAAAAGCAUACUAAGCUUAUAUUCUACUAGGUACUACCACUAAUAUAAGUCUUAAUAAUUUAUUGUUUAUAAUUUUAAAGUAUAUUCGCACACAUAUCACUUCUUUGCUAAAUGAAUCGAUUGACCUUAUUAGAUUGCAAUUAAGACUUCGACCUCAAGUCUUGAGAUAGACACGCACACUCGCAUUUUUGAAUUUCAGAAUCUAUUAUUAACAUCAUAUGGGAUCAAUAUCAUAUGGGCCGAAAAAACACUUUGUGAUGUAACGGAAAUGGAACGGAAAAAUCUAAUCAAUCAUGAAAAACGGAACUUUUCAUAAUUUUUCAGAAUGGUUUAAGAUUCCAUCGUCACCUCAAAUUUGGAUAAGCUAUGUUUUUAAUUAAUUACGAUUAUGAUUGUUAUAGGUGGAGCAACAAAUAACAGUCCCACGAACCGUAGCGGGUCAGUCGUAGCGUGCCCGCGGGUGCCGGCGACGUCGCGCGCCCCCUUAGCGGCCGCCGCGCCCUGACCGACGCAUCCCGUGCGCUGAUGUCUGCCUGGCGUUGUGUGGUUAGCUUGCCUGCCCGUACCUACCAGAUUCACAACGCCACCGCUAUCGGCGACCAUGUAAAACUGACUCUAGUGACAAGUGCGUUGAUGCCUGGAACAACCAUGUGUCUUACAUAAGUGCUUGCAGACUGUACCAGUGAACCUAUGUUAGUGUGACACUUGAAAAUGAAUUUACUGCAUGGCGGCUUCAUAUAUUAAAGCUGACCUUUUUAAAUGUGGAAAAAUAUCUGCUAGUCAUUUCGGAAAUGUCUACUUACCGCUCGGUAAUGUUCUAAGCAAGAGUUUUAGUGAUUAUGUUAUUCGGAAUUAGUUAUUAAGUGUGUGAAUGUACUUUUGCAGAGACCUCAGUAUUACACACUAUUUUAAAGUAAUGAGGAACGGUUUAUCGUCACUUUUAUCACUGCAGAUAUAUAUACUUUUGGGUACAAUAAAGAUUUCUAAAUAAAAAAUAAAUUUUAAAGCUUCCUCUUGUGAACACAACUGUCACUUAAUUUCAUCAAUUUUCAAUUUUUGUAUUUUUAUAUGUAUACACUUUUACUGAUUUAGUUUGCGAAUUGUGUGACUGUACCAAGGAUUAGUAGUUUUUUAAUGUAACAAAAAUCUCUACUCAAUUUGAUACUCAACUAGAUAAGCUGGUAUUCCUAUUUAAAUUGAUGUGUUAAUUAUAAUAGUAGAUAUUAGUAGUAAUGCAAAAAAUGUGAUCAUUUAAAAGUAUAAAUUUGUUAAGAAAAUUCAAUGUUUAAUAAUCAAAUUUUACUGGAAAAUAACGCAUGUAAAAAUGACGCAUGCACAUAACCAAUUACAAUAAUAUAAAAAAAUUAAAACAAAAAUGAAAAUUACAAAUUUAAUUUAUUUUGAUGCCAAAUAUUUUAGAUAUACAAACUUCGAUUUUUUCACUAUGAUGUUGUAGUUUUUGCAUGAAAUUUUUCAAAUCGUGCUGGACUAUAUGACUAGCAACUAUCUAUCUGAUGGCCUAAAUACGUACUUUUCUACUUUUACACAGUAUUAUUAUUAUUCUAAGUGUUUACUGAAUAAAUAUGAUGUUUUUUGUAAUUUUUCAGUUUAGUACUUUCACCGAUAAAUUUUAAAUCUUCGAUUUUUUUUAAAUUGAGUAUUCAUUUUGACACUUGUGAGUUUAUUGAUAAAUGUUAAUUCAACUAUGCAUAAUGUAAUUGUAUUCUAAUCCUACAAUGUUUAUAGAGAAAAAAUGUAAACAAAUUUUAUUAGUCAUUUUCUAGUCAUAGGAUAAGGGCUGUGAAAAGACAUUUGAUGUGUGCAGAUUAAUUAAAAUAUUUAGUUAGACCCCUGUAUAUUUUAAAAUAUGAGAUUUUAAAGAAAAUAUUCAAUAUAAAUUUCUAUUUUCUAUCUAAAAUAUGAAAAUUUACAAAUGAAAGAAAAAUAUUUAAUUUAAUAAUAUUUGAAUUGCCAUAUAAAACUAAAGUACCUUGUAUGUUUAUAAGAAUUGAAAAGCUGUAAAUAUGAAAGCGUGGAGAUGUGACUAUAACGAAGUCGGAACUGAUCGGAAUAAGAAUGUAAAUAUUUAUUAUUUAGCUUUAAAAUUUAUUAUUAAAUGUUACCAAUACCUA